AUCUGUCUGAAGACUUUGAUCAUCAUGGCUAAAUCUGAAACUCCUCUCAUCAACUUGUGUUACCAAGAUGGCAGCGAGGGAAGUCCCUCCAACCCUACCAAGUUCAAAAAUCAAGACUUUGCUAAGCUCAAAGAUUACUGCCUCCGUAGAGGACGAUUGUUUGUGGACGACGAGUUCCCCCCUGACAGUAGUUCUUUGGGUGACCUGCCUGAUGUGAAAGAUGUGAAAUGGCUUCGACCAAGAGAGUUAUUGAGAGAACAAAAUAACAAUGAUAAGCCGGCUUUCUGUGUGGACGGAGCCUCACGAUUUGAUUUUGGUCAAGGCCAAGUGGGUAACUGCUGGUUUGUGGCCACAAUAUCCGCACUGACGUUCCAAAAAGAUCUGAUGGCACAAGUUGUGCCUAUGGAGCAAUCCUUCAGAAAUUAUGCAGGAAUAUUUCACUUCAGGUUCUGGAGGUUUGGAAAGUGGGUAGAUGUUGUCAUUGAUGAUUAUCUGCCAACAAUUAAUAAGGAGUUACUGUCUCUGAGGUCAAAAUGUGGACAUGAGUUCUGGGCUCCUCUGCUGGAGAAAGCAUAUGCCAAAGUUUGUGGUUCAUAUGCAGACAUGGAUGCUGGGUAUCCAUCAGAGGCCUGCAAAGAUUUCACUGGAGGUGUGAUCCAGACUUACAAACUCAAGGAGCCCAACUCACCAGAUCAUGGGGAGAUUUGGCUCACACUAAGAAGAGCCAUUGUCUGCAAAUCACUGAUUUGCUGUUGGACUGUACCCAAAGAGGAUACUGCGGGCAAUCCUGUCUCUGUCAGUGGUUUGGUGUUUGGGCAUGCCUACUCUGUCACAGGUGUCACUGAGGUGGAAUUAAACGGCUCCAGAGUCAGGCUGGUGCGAGUCAUGAAUCCAUGGGGUGAACUGGAGUGGAACGGAAAGUGGAGUGACAAGUCAGAUUUGUGGAACAAAGUGAGGCCAGAAGUUUGGAAAAAGUGUUUUAACCGUGAGGAUGGAGAGUUCUGGAUGCAAUUGGAGGACUUCUGGUACUAUUUUGGUUAUUUAUCCAUCUGCUGUGAGACCCCUAACUUUACUGAUGGUGACUUCACAUGUCAGUGGAAAUGUGUGGAUUAUGAAGGCAGCUGGGUAGCAGGGAGAUCUGCAGGUGGUCCCAUAAAUAACUCUACCUUUGCAUCAAACCCUCAGUAUCGCAUCCAGGUGAGUGUUCUAGACAAGGAGGAGCCAGAGGACACAAACAUCUUGAUCUCCCUGAUGGAGAAACCUCAGCAGAGGUGCCGCAACGAGAUACGUCUCUACCCAGUUAGACUUGCUAUAUAUAAGAUCCCACCAGGGACUCCACAAGGACGCCUGGACGACUCUUUCUUUCACAGGAACAGGCCUGUGAAGGCACAGCGGUCUCAUGGAUUGGCGAGAGAGCUGAUUGAACUACACAGUCUGGAACCUGGAGAGUAUGUGAUCAUCCCGUUCACCAAGGAACCCAACAAGACUGCAGACUUUGUUCUCACUGUCUACACCAAAGCUGAUACCGAGAUCAGGUAA